AUGACAACACCCAACACAAGCCAGACGGCCAUGUCAGAAUUGGCAGAACUCAAACAGCAAAGGGCCUCAACCAAAGCGAGUAUCAGUAGGAUUAAAGGGUUGAUCGAAACCCACAUAAAGGAGACUGGAAAAUUAUUGUCACAGCCGGAAUUAAAAUGUAGGCAAGGUAUCCUAGAUUCUUACUUUAAACAGGUCUUAUCAUUUCAGACAUCAAUUGAGAAACUAGAUGCUACCGAUACGUGCAGAGCUGACUUAGAGGAGCUUUAUAUUUCAACAAAAAUUUCCAUAUCUUCGCAGCUGAAUGAUGAAGCUAAUAAUUCUACAAUGAUGGACAACACAGCAUUGAUACCUCCUGUGAGUAAGAAGUUGCCACAUUUGAAAUUACCCACGUUCAGUGGUAAGUACUCCGAAUACAAGAACUUCAUCAAUUCUUUCGUCCAAAUUAUUGAUCGAGAAGCGUGUCUAACCAACAUCGAAAAAUUUAACCAUUUGCGAAAUUGUCUAACGGGCCAAGCAUUAGAAACAGUGCAGGCAUUCCCCAUUUGUAAUGAAAAUUAUCCGAAGGCUUUAGAGCGACUUAAAACACGGUAUGACAACAGUACGCUGAUUUUCUUACAAAACAUUACAGCUUUAUUUGAUUUGCCAGUGGUUUCGGAUCAGUCUAGCCACCAACUUCGCAGCCUAAUCGAUAAUGUGUCUGCACUGUACGGUUCACUCUGCACGUUAGGCUCUGAAAAACAAAUAUGUGAGGCAAUACUCAUUUCAUUGGUAAUGCAGAGGGUGGAUGAAACUACACGUAGGAAAUGGAAGGAGGCGCUAUCUCUCACCACUCUACCUAGUUGGAACGACUGUUCAGCACUGCUUGACAGACAUUGUCAGUUUCUAGAAUCUCUCGAUCACAAGCCAUACAACCAUCUAUCGGUACAUCGUAAAGCCAACAAUAUUAAGGCCAAACCCAUCAAUCGUCCUAAACAGUAUUCGUUCGCUACAGCUACUUCCACCCAGUCCUGCUUACUUUGUUCAAGUCAUGAACAUUUAGUGCAGAAGUGCCCUCGUUUUAAAACUAUGGAAGUUAACCAAAGAUUUGAGAAGGCGAAAUGUUUGAAACUCUGCAUUAACUGUCUAUCGCCCCGGCAUCGAGUGGCCAAUUGCACAUCAUCAUUCAAAUGCCGAAUAUGCGCAAAGUCACAUCACACACUCUUGCACCAACCCAAUAGCAAUGACCAGGUUUCGGAUUCACUAAAUACCACAAGGCAAACUCUGUUGCCCAAUAACAAUGUUGCCAGUCACUCUCAUCUUGAUAUGUCUUCAAAUGAACAAAUAAUUUUAGCUACGGCGCUGGUUUUGGUGAAAGAUUCAGUUGGAGGUUAUCAAGUGGGGAGAGCGUUACUCGAUUCGUGCUCGCAGGUUAAUUUUAUAACAGAGGAAUUCUCAAAAAAUCUUAAUUUGGUCAAAUACAAGCGACCGGUACAUGUGGCAAGUAUAGGCAGCACAUUUGCUAAUAUAAAGCAUCAAACAUCCACUAUCGUAAAGUCACGUCAUUCAAAUCUUGAGCUGGAUCUCAACUUCUGCGUUACUCCUCAUAUUGCUUACCAGCCAAGCUCAGAAAUUGAUGUAUCAUCAUGGAACCUCCCGCCGAAUACUUCACUCGCAGAUAAACUAUUUUUUAAAUCCAAAGUAUCGAUCUCUUACUAG